AUUUAACAGCCUCGUUGGACACGGGAAGCGUCGCACCGCUUCUUCUGCUGCGACGCGUGAAAAGCACGAAGACGGAAUCGAGGACGUUGUUUGGCAUCCUUUGAACCGGCCGCGGAGGAAGUUACCGAUCAGAAUCGACGUCGAGUGAGCCCGUAAAGCCAAGAGUGACGUUUCGACGACGUGUUGCGUGUGCGACCCGCAACUGGGAGAUUUGGAAAAAACCCAGCUAGCAGCAGUUAGCGGCUAAUUUCGAGAAGAAGAAGAAGAAGAAGAAGAGCAACCGAAAAUGUUUGCACACUGGGGAGACAACGCGAUGUCCGGGAGUGCCUUGACCUCUGAGAAGAGGACGAGAUCGACCAUCUUAUACGACAAAGACGUCGACACAGAGGGCAGGAAGCUCAAGGGAGGCAUCCAGCGGAGCACGGAGACGGGUCUGGCCGUGGAGAUGCCCAGUCGGACCGUCCGCCAGGCGAGCCACGAGUCUAUAGAGGACAGCAUGAACAGCUACGGCUCCGAGGGCAAUCUCAACUACAGCGGCAUGUGUCUGGCGUCGGACGCGCAGUUCAGCGACUUCCUCGACGGGAUGGGACCCGCCCAGUUCGUCGGGCGACAGACGUUGGCGACGACGUCAAUGGGUGACGUAGAGAUCGGGCUGAUGGAGAGGAACGGGGGCCUGGAGGUGGAGGUCGUCCAGGCCAGAGGACUCACCAUGAAACCAGGUUCAAAGACACCUCCAGCGGCCUACAUCAAAGUUUACCUCCUGGAGAACGGGAUCUGUGUGGCCAAGAAGAAGACGAAGUCGGUGAGGAAGUCUCUGGACCCUCUUUACAACCAGGUCCUGGUCUUCUCAGAGAGCCCGCAGGGGAAAGUGGUCCAGGUGAUCGUUUGGGGCAACUACGGACGGAUGGACCGCAAAUGCUUCAUGGGUGUAGCUCGAAUCCUAUUGGAGGAGCUGGACCUCAGCACAAUGGUGAUUGGCUGGUACAAGCUCUUCCCUACCUCCUCCAUGGUGGACCCAACGAUGGCGCCGCUCAUCCGCCACUCCUCCCAGAUGUCCCUGGAGAGCACCAUUGGGCCCUGUUCCCCGUGCCCGGGUCAGCCAGGUGAUGAUCCCCCUGGAGCAGAUACCUGCUGGUAUCUCACUCGAGGGCCCGUUGACAGGUCCGUCCACUCUCGGGACCGAACCACUCCACUCAUUGGAAACGUACUGUAAUUCUUUUGAUAUUUUAUAAGACUGUUUCCCCCCCCAGAGACUCAUGGGAAGCACAUUUCUUUUGUUGUUGCAACCGACCGCCUCUCAGACUCGCAGGAACAUUUUGCUCUCUUCAGAUCUCUCUGAUGGAAAGGAAAAAAAAAAAAAACAAAAAAAAAACCUGCUUAAUGAGGAAACUUCAAAGGAGGCCUCGGUUGCCGACAUUGAUCACAUCCUAUGGGGACCACAAUACACGGCGGGCUCGGCUUCGCUUCAGCUACGCGCCUUCUUCACAGCCUACAUUCGAUUCUUCAUUCCCAGGACUGCUUGUUGUCUCGCUGUGUCCUCAUUAGGGGACUGGACGGCUCCGCAGUGUUUUCUGUCAAUUCCACGAGUCCGGGGAAGAAAAGUGGGACUGCCCUCGUACUGUUUGAGACACCAGCCUCCCAUUUUGCAGGAGCGCGGGGGACAGCAGAGGACUUUUAAAAGAAAUACUUAGCUUAUUUGUUUUAAACCAACCAAGACGUCUUGGUUUUGAACACUCUGACUAGAGCUGUUUUUUGUUUGUUUUUUUUGGUUUUGUGUCACACAUUUGGCCCUUCAGUGUUCAGUUCAUUGAUGUGUACGCGAAGAGAGCCGGGAUGAAUGAGAACAGCCAUUCUGUCCUCCCGGAAGGAUCUAGAUCUCGACCUGAUCUCGGGAAACCAGAGCACUGCUGCGUUUCUGUUCUACCAGUUAGUGCCGACUGCAGUUAAUUACAUUCAUCUGCAGUGUAAAGUAUCAAUCAGUUACGAUCAAUUAUCAGGAUUCACAUGGUUUGAAAGGAAAGCAGCAGGAUCUGGGUUCCCAAAGACCAUUUUGCCAGUUCGACCCAAGAGCCAUUCGUAUUAUCAAUCACGACAUUAGCCAAUUUUACUGAUUGUUUCAUCUCUUGUGGGAGGUGAUUAUCAGAUAAAUCAGCGAGGGUUGUGUUUGGUAGGGAAAACGAUCUACGGACCCAUUUUACCUGCUUGUUUCUUGAAUCUGUAGCAACUUGAUUAAAUCCAAGAAGAGAUUUUCAGCUUGCAACACGACUGAAGAUGCAUCCUAAAGUAGAAACAUGGUGUUUAGCAACACAGUCACGAGAAUAAACGUUGGUCUGCAAACCACGUUGAACCUUUCUUUAGGAUCAAUCUUCAGUUUCAUUUUCUGACAACACUGUGCUUAUGUUCUGGUUAGGUUAGGUUUGGGCACAGAACCUGUGAAUUGGCUUAAAGCAAAUAUUCAGUGCAUGUUUUGGUGUUUAAAUAAUUUAUAUUUAUAUACUGGGAGUCGUGGCCGUGAGGUAAUCCUUUGGGAGAACUACGUCCAUCAAGGUUUCGACCACUAAAAUUGCUUGUUUUUGCCACUGACAGGCUGAGGUUGUUUUUUUUCAUGUUUGACAACCUUACAGAAACAUUUUUCUCUCAGAUAUACUGUGUUGAUAAAGAGCAAGAUCCUCUUCAUGACCAGAAACACAAGUGUGAAUCUGAAACAUUAAUUUACACAUCAAAACAUGGAAAUAACAUGGAGUCUAGGUUUAAAAAAUACCAGAUUUCCCCCAUACGUAAAUACCAGGAACCUCUUUUAAAAUGUUCCAAAGUCUCAUCAGAAAUAUUUAGCAGUUUCACGGUCACAAAUUUUGAAACAUUGUCUUGAACAGUGGUGUCUGGCUUCCUCCAAGUCUGCGUCAUAAACAUCUGAUGUGAAUGCAAUAUUAGACUUAUUGUAAAGAGUUUGAUAUGGUACUAUGACUCAAACAUAUCUGACGGUUUGCAGAAAUGUAAAAAUGCCAACGUGUUAUUCUUGCGACACACAGAUAUCUGGUGUCAGAACCAAACGUGAUUUGAAUCUGAUACAUCCAAUAUAUUGUUUUGGAUCAUGAUCAGAAGUCAUAGCAGCUAAUCGAACAUGCAUGUAACUGUUAUGUCUAAAUGUGACGUAGUUAAACCUUUAUCGAGGUAAGAUCGGGCAUGAAACACGCAGGUAGAAUCGGGGUCCGAAGUAAAAAAUGGGUGUUUGAUCUCAUUUGAUUCUGUUCUGUGUUUUUUUUCUAAAUGUUCACAUCCACCUGGUGGUGCAGGUCACAUCAAGUGCAGGAUCGUUGGGGGGGGAGAUUAUUGUACCUGUGCUGUAGCACUGACACAUGAUGCCAGUACAAAAACAACAUGUUUCCAAAAGCAUCGAGGACAGCCUGAGUAGCCUGGCUGACAGUGUAGGGCUGAAAACUUGCUGUACAUCCCAGUUUAAUUGUAGUUUGCAAACACUGAAAUGUAGAAGUAGAUUUUUCUAGAUUUCCUCCUCUCUCUCUCUCUCGCUCUUUUUUUUUUUUUUUUUUUAAAAAAAAAAAAGCUUUGGCUUACAAUAACAGUUUCUACUGUGCCAAUUUCUACCAGCAAGUGUCUUCUCCUUCCUCAUCUUCAGUUACCUUGCGGCAUGCGUUAUCGUGAGGGAGGAACAAGAAACAAACCACUCGCAGCAUCUGACAGCAGCAUUCAGGCUGUGCAGAGAGGCGUCCCUUUUUAUUCUAAAUUACAGCCCUAAUCCUCAGACCGCAGAGGCACCUGCUGAUUAGCCAUGCCAUGACUCAGUACGGAGAGAGAGAAGGAAGAGAGGGAGGAAAAGGAAAGAGAGAGGACGGAAGCAUGAAAUGUACUUUGCAUCAUCCAAACAAAAGGAAUCUGUCCGGACUGACGUCAGGUUUCCAAAUAAAAAGGACACAACAAUAGGAUGAAAUUAAAGGGAACACAAUGUGCACACUGUAGAGAAAUUUAUAGUUUGUUAAAGAAAACAAAAAGAACAUUUCAUUUGGGCACUUUAUGAUUCUUAAUGUGUUUUUUUUCCUUCUUUUUUUAAUUGUGUAAAUAUUCUGGUUGUCAGUGUCUUUUGGAGUGAGCCAAAGUGAAUCUAUAACGACUUUAGUUGAUUAAUGUUAAAAUCUGAGGGAGGAGAAAGGGAUAACCUUUCGCUAGUUACCGUAAGAUUGUAGCAUUAGCUGGUAGCAUCCGCAUGACUGAUUAAUAACUUCUAAUUAAUUAGCAGACCACUUGAUAAGAGUAAGCAUGAGCUAUACGCUACUAAAGACAGACGAGAGGUAGAAAUGAGAGCGUUACAUAUGUAGCAAAUUCAUUCAGAUUCUGAGUUUACUGAAUUUCCUUUUGGGCUUUUCCUUUUAACAGAAUACAACAUCUGAGAUCUGUUCUGAUAUGUUUCUUUUUUUUUUGUUUUUUUGUUUUUUUUUUACGUUGAGACAAGAUUUCAGAGCAAAAUCAAAUAAUAAAUAAAUUAAUAUUUUAAAUAUACCAGACCAUUUGGAGUAACUUUACUCUGAAAAAAACAAACAAACAAAAAAAAAAACAAAAACACAAACUAAAAGCAAAAUAAGCCUCUGUUUUGCUGGUAGCAGUGUUGCAGGGAUAUUAAAUUAGCUACAUUCUGCAAAGCAAUAAUCACAGAAACAUCCAGUCAUUGCAGUUUAUGUUGUUUAGUAGAAACUGUGAGGAAUGACCAGCUGAGCCAGUGAUCGUUUUCACUCCUGUCAGAUUUAUUGGUUAUGAAAUUCAGUGUCACUUCUGGCAUUAAUUUGAGAUAUUUCCAACACUGAACUUUAGAAAAGAUGUAUUGAUGGUAAAUCUUCUGGACAAAGUUCACUAAUGUCACCAAUUUAUUAUGUUCCAGACAAAAAGUUAGCAAGUUGAAAACGUGUAAAAUUGAGAUUAGUCAACGUUGUCCUGAAGAUCAUUGUAAGUUUUCUCCUUUGGGAAUUUGACGUUAUAACUAGUAUAUGACUGGUUUAGCACCCCAAACAUGUCCUCGUACGUAAAUGACCAUUGCCAAUGACUCCCAAAACAACGGCCAUUGACCCUGAGAAAGGUAUUGUGCACUUACAGUUUUGUUAAGUUUAGGCACUACAACCACAUGGUAAAGUUAAUAAAACGUUGUAGUUUGACUUAAAAUACCUACGUUGGUGAGUUAAAAUAAACUCACCUUUGACUAUCUCUUUCACACUAGACACCACCACCAGUCUCCUGGGUGAAAGUCCUCCCACACUCAUCCCUGCAGUACCUGGACUAAGAGUUUAUAGCUCUCUGGGCUACUUCACCUGAAUUCCUUCCUUUGCUGCUGUAAUAAUUAUUAUGGCCAGUAGAGGUCGUCGCCUAACAAGAAACCAAAAUAAGAGUUGUUUUAGAUGAUGAAAACCAAAAUACUGAAAGGUGCAUCCUAAUGGCAUCAUGUCCUGAUGGCCCAGAGAAUAAAAUACAAAGCAGCAGGAUUUUUAUGAUUUAAAAAGAUCUGAGAACAGGAAGUGAAAAUCACUGGUGACGUCUCUGAGGUCACUUUAUCACAGCGUUCGUGUUUAGUUUCCAUAACUUAUUCCAGGGAGAGUUGUCAUGUAGUCUCUGAGGAAUCUCUGUUUACAGAAGGAGCAAGAAGAGGAGAAGCCCGUGUAAAAUAUAACAAUUCUGAUCUGAAAAAUGCAGGAUCAUUUUUCACGACCUGAAACUUUCCUUGAAUUGCAUGGAUCUUAAAAUCUAACGAUGACGAUGAACUGCCUGGUAGUUAGAACAAACGAAGACUGUUUUUUAAAAAAACGAGGUGAUAUGAGACGAGUUGUACAAAUCAAAUAUAUACAUAUAUAAUAUAAACAAAAAAAAUCUAUUUAAAAAUAAUUAACUCUUACUGUGACCCGAGGAAUGUUUUGUCAGUGUUCUUUUGUGCCAAAAUUUGAACAUAUUUUGAGGGCUGAUUUCCCGACCGAGGACCAAUAUGAAAGAGGAAAGUUUACACACUUCAGCGACCCACAAACAGAGUCCAUCAUGUUCUAAAGAAACGAGUUUGCAUCCAUGAAGAAGAGCUCUGUGGCUGAAACAGAAGUAAUAUUGCAUGACGAUGACGAUGAUCUUAGAUUUAGCGACGAGAGAUCACAGAGUGAGUUUGAAGUAGAAAGUCGCGGCGGUAAAACCAUCAUAGAAGUUUCCCGUCUACUUACAUCUGAGCUGCAGCUGCUGCCUGUGCAACACAAGUGUCGUUAAGUAUUAAUUAAUGUUAACAAAGAGCUGAUUGUUCAUUGUAGCAUUUUAAGAGCCAUCAAAAACAUUCCUAGCAGAUCCUCUCGAGGGUGGAGCAGCAGCAGCGUGGCGUGCAUGCGGUGGCUGAUGGGUUUUCUAUGACGGCUACAGGCGAAGAUUUGGGCGUUCGGUGUGAAUUUGUCGUAAACUCUCUCAAGACAACGUUCUGCUCUAAUUGUUCAGGAGAGAGACAAAAUCUACGCCAAGAUCGCUAGCAGGAAUAAGAGUUAAUUACUGUUUGUUUUAAUUAAAAAAUUGACCGUGUGAUUUCGCUCAUCGAAAAGCUUCUCGUUCACCGAAAAUCUGUUUGUGACAUUCUUUGCAACUUGGAAGUCAAACGGAUGAGAUGUGUAGAUGUUCUAGUUGUUCAGCACCAAAAAAAAUGUACGUUUCUCUUUUUGCGUUCACCCAUGUUUUGAUUGUGUCUGCCACAUGGAUGUUUAAUUAUGUACUACUAUCAAUUGUAAUGUAAGUAGAGGCCUUAAAAACACCGAUAUACAUUUUUUUGUCAGGGCUAAGGACUAAGAAAUGUCACACAAAGUCAUUAAAAUAACGCAAAAAAAAAAAAGAAAAAAGUUUAUCACCAUUUCAACCCCCAUUUACUCCGAUUAAGUUUCAUAUAAGGGAAAUAAUUAUAUUUGCGUAUGUUCUUAAUGAAUUUCUGAUAUUUCUGACUGACUCUUUGUGUAUUCUCCCCCCACUCCUUCAUGUGGGCUUAAUUCAACAAAUUGAGCAAAAAAACCCAACAAAAACAAAAAAAAAACAAAAAACAUUUUUUGCAGAGUCGAUAUUCAAAAAUUCUGACCUGUUUCUUAACAAGACUUAUUUUCUAAACUUAGAUCGAACACUAUGUCACACUAGUGUUUAUUUAUUGAUGUUUGAAUGCACAUAAUGGUACUUUGUGGUUUAAAUCAAGUAGAAAUAAAUGAUAAUAAAUACACACAUACAAAAAAAAAAGGAUCUUCGCAAUUUAGCCAUCUGUAAGAAAUGUACUGGAGUCCUUUUUUUUUUCCACCCAAACUGCCUUUUAGGUCGACAUUCUGCAAAAACAGACACUUUCUCUUUUCUCUAAUCAGUUGUUCUCAGUUCUACGACACCGUCAGGAGUCAUUGACCGAGAUACAGAGAGGAAACUCUUGGUGGGCAGCCGUGCUACGUUUUACUGAGCAGCUUUUGUGUUCAGUAGCUUCUAAAUGUGAAACAAUGGUAAGAUGUCUGUGUCCAAGAGUUUCCCCUCAGCAGAAUGAAUGUUGGCAUUGUGUGUUUCUGCAAAUUGAAACUUUUUGAUGAUGUUGCAACCUUAUUUUUUUAAGUUUAGCUCCAAAUUUGAACUUGUGACAAUACUGUGCUUAUGGUCUGCUUAGAUUUAGUCAUAAAAAUCCUUUGGUUAGGUUUAGGAAAAGAUUACGUUCUGGCUUGAAAUUCUUUUGUGGUGGUUUUGUCGCCACAGAUAAAGCUUAAAAUCGUGUAGACAUAUCGUCAGAAAUAUCAAGUGGUUUCAUGCUCACAAAUGUCCAAACGCAGUCUCGAGCAGUGGUCUCUGGCUUGGCGGCCAUCUUGUACCACUGCCACCGCCUCCACCGCCCGACAUGACAUGGACACGGAAACAUUUGAGCGUUUCCACGGUGUGCAGAGACGUAAAAUGCCAACAUUUAAUUCUGGUGACGAGGCAGCUCAAUCAACAAGCAAACAAAUGUAAAAACAGCCGUUAACUGAAAGCGCCAAACUAAUUUCCUUUCAGGUUACAAGAAAGAGACAUUUUGUUGGAUCCAAACGUUCAGAUGUUUUGAUUUUACGAGUCUAACUGUUCCAGACUGAAUCAAAACAUUUGGCUGCUCCUUCUUUGAAUACAGCUCAAACUGCAUCAACAACCACAGUUUUGUCCCCAUGUAUGGAUUGAUUCGUUGAUGUAAUACGGAUGAAAAACGUGACUUUUCGAUUGUGUUGGGUUUUGGAUGGUGUAAUUGGUAAUAACCUGAUUAUUCACACAAAGACUGCAGCGACUCAGCUGUAAAGUUUCUGUCUGUUUUCGCAGAUCGACCUCAGAAGUGAAUCUGGGUAGAAUUCCCUUUGAAGUUACCUGAGCUUAAAUUGUUCAUAUCAUUUUUCCUCUUAAUUUCACGGGGUUUAACUAAUUAGUAAGAAGGAGAGCACUGUUUGUGUCCUUUUUUCUGUUUGGAGUGACAGUGUGUACAUUUCAGGACACAUAUCAUAUCAUAUUCUCUCCUGGGGGGGGGUGGAGGAGGUGGAGGAGUGGGAGGAUGAAAGGCGAGAUGCAGCUCCUCUGCGGAUGUUAUGAAACGGUGGCUGUUGGAUCCCAAAAGCAACACAUCUCCUCCAGUCUGCUGUGCCGCAGAGGCAACGGCUCCCAAACUCCCCCCCCCCCUCGGAGGCUCGUCCUCCAACCCAACCCUCAUGAAAGUGCUCCCCCACAUGCCAUCUGGUGCCCCACAUAGAGCGAAUGCAUUUUUAAGGUUGGGCGACCCCAGUGUGAAUCAGAGUGCCGCUGAGUUUCAUAAGUUGUGCUUCUCGGCACCAUUCUGCUUCCUCUACGAGCUCACAUGUUUUGUGAAUCGCUGGUUUCAACUCAUUCGGUCCCCAAUUUGAAAUAUUUAGAACAAAUUCUCCUUUUAUUUCUGGUUGUCAUGUAUCUACAGCAUUCACAGCCUUAAAUUCUCAUCCGUAAACCGUCAUUUGAGGCCUUUGGAGGACACAUUUUCCAAACAUGACAUGUUCUGUAACUCCCCGGAAAUACUAUAAGGCGAUGUUUUGGUUUUGGGAUGCCGGACGGGACAGUUUCACAGGCCUUCUCAUGCUGUCAGGAACAUGCAAUAUGGGCAACUGUUGGAGGCAAUGCUGAUGGAAAAUUUGUCAGUGAUACGAAUUCAUCCAGGAAAUUGUUUUUUUUUGUUUUUUUUAGAAGCAAACUGUAUUUGGCAUCAUUGUUUAAACUCCACAUUUUAAGAGUCACCGAAGCCAUUUAAGGGAUCUCAAACUCUCAUUCCAUCUGUAGAUUAGCGUCAAGGAAUGUUAGCAUAAACUAAGCAGCACUAGCAAAGCAUUAAGCGGCAGACGGCCAUCUGCAUUGCUCUCCAUUUGUUGCUCAUGUAUUACUGCCUUGAGGAACCUGAAUGUUAUCAGACGAGUGACAACGUGGUGUAACUUUAGUUUUAUUCACCGCACUGUCAUUUAAAAAAAAAACAAAACACAAGUAUAUUUGCAGAUUCUUUGGCAAACUGUUAUAUUGUUGAGUAAAUGCACAAUUUGGUGUAUUGUUAUUCUAUUCCAGCUGUCAAUAAAAUAGU